AUGUCGGCUGGAUACGCGUCACGUUUGAAGGAAUACCCGCACAAGGGUGUUUGCGGGCUGCCGGAAAAGCAGGAUACACCGCGUCAGCUCAAAAGCAAGCUUGCACGGCUGGUGGAAUUGAUGCAACCGACGGAUCGCCCUCGACGAAUCGUGAUCGUAACCGGCGCGGGAAUCAGUACGGCGGCGGGAAUUCCGGAUUUUCGAGGACCGUCGGGAAUUUGGACUUUGGAAAAGAAAAAGACUACAAUGGAUUUCGCCGCGGCGCAACCCACACUCACGCACCGGGCCAUUACGUACUUGACCCAACAGAAAGGCGUUGUUCGCUUUGUGGUGACCCAGAACGUGGACGGCUUGCACCGUCGAUCGGGUUUGUCGCGAGAUCAUCACGCAGUUCUACAUGGUUGCGUCUUUACGGAACGAUGUAAUCAUUGUGGCCGUGAAUACUUUCGAGACAAAGAUGUGGGUGGAAUGAGUUUUCACCCUACGGGGCGACUCUGCGAUGUCCCGUGUGUAGGCAAAGAGAACAGCAAGGGAAUUUUGGUGGACACGCUUCUGGAUUGGGAAGAUGCAUUACCGGAAGAUGACUUGGAUCGGGCGACGACAGAGUGUGAGACUGCUGAUUUGGUUCUAUGCUUGGGAACAUCCCUACGAAUUGAGCCGGCCGGCAGUUUGCCAACGCUGGCCAAAGACUAUGUCAUUGUGAAUCUGCAAGUCACGCCCAAAGACGAGGAAGCAAGUUUGAUCAUACGAGCCAAAGCUGACAUUGUUAUGACUCACUUACUGGAGGCGUUGGGAUUCGUGGACUGGGAGAAAGACAUGGCCCAGAACCCUCCCACUAUUGAGCGUGUAUGGCUGCCACCUGCACCCGCAAAGCCAGUAACCAAUGUGUACUCCUGCCGCUCACGGCGGAGCACAAGUCAAUGA